AAUUUAGGAUCGCACACACACUUCAUUCUCUCAAUCUGUAAAACUAGAUUAUAUUGUGUUUGUUCGGUUCCAAAAGAAUGGGAGAAUCGGCUUGUCUCAUGCAGCCACCAUUCUCGUAUGCAGCUCCUCAGGGAGGAGAAGAUUCUCUUGUUGCUUUAGGACAGUCUGUGUCCUUCGGGAGAUUCAUGUCCGAUAAACUUGACUGGGAAAAAUGGUCUGCUUUCUCUUCCCAGAACCCUUAUGUGGCCGAGGCCGAGAGAUACUCUAAGCCGGGCUCUGUUGCUCAGAAGAAAGCUUUUUUUGAAGCUCACUACAAGAAACUUGCUGCUGCUCGUAAAGCUGCUGCUGAAGAGGCCCUCUUGCUUCAACAGCAAUCCCCUCCAAUAGAUAAGCUUCCAGCUGUUCUUCAUCCACAAGAUUUCAAUGGACUUUGUAAUAGAGAUCGGCUGGUCUCAAAACCGGAUCUUCAGCUUCCUAGAGGAGGAUCCUCAGAUGCUACUCAAAUGAUAUUACUUGCAAAAGAAGGCGGUUACAGAUCAGGAUCAAAAGAAGGCGGCAGAUUUGUUAAUAGACAAUCCGAUGACAAAGAGAACUGUGUGAUGCCUGAGUCUGAUGUCAAUGGCAAUGUUUCUACACAAGUGGAGGAGGAGAAGCCUAUACUUAAGAAGAAAUCCAAAGAUUCACAGCCAAAGAGCAGUACCAAACCAAGAGUCUCUAAAUCCAGCUCAUCGGAGAGGACUCCAAGUCAGAAGAAGCCUAGCAACAAGAGCAGUUACACUUUCACGCCUGCUAAAGAGUUCAAUAGAUUAGUGUCCAUUAUAAGGAAGAUUGACGGGUCAAGAGCUUCUUCAAAACCAACCAAAGAAUGCAAAACUCCUCUCCGGACACCAUCAUCAAACGAGGUGUCUGCAAAGGGAAUCGCUGAGGAGUCAUCAUUGUCCACACCUUUAUGGAGUAACAGAAGCAAGUGCAGAGGGAAGAUGGCUGCUGAGUCUUCUGCUAAGACGGCUGGUCGAGGAAGAUGGAAUUUCCUCCCUGCGGAGACACCGAGCUGUUUUACACCGUUUGGGUUAAGAACAGAGGAGAGAGCAGAGAGAAGAAAAAAGAAGCUAGAGGAGAAAUUCAAAGCAAUGGAUGAGACACAGGACAAGGACAAGAAGCAGGAGGAGGAGGAGAGGAGUAUGGAGAAGGAAGGGAGUAAACUACGGCAAAGACUAUGCUUCAAAGCAAAGCCCCUUCCAAAUUUCUACAAACAGAGACCUAAAUGCACUGACCAAAUUAAGAAAGUGAGCUCUCGAUCACUUUCAGUGAAAUAGUCGUCGUCAAAAUGUAUGUGUCUGAGAGAUCUGUGUGGUCUUUUUUGGUAGGCUCUGUUACAGUAGCCGACGACUUUGCGCAUUUGGGGAGAAAUAUAUAUGGAACCCUUUUAUUGGACCCUCCCAAAAAAAAAAGGAUUUAGUUUGGAAUCGUUUGACAUGUUUUGGGUUUUUUUGUUUUUAUGUCAAGAAGAGAUAUUGCAUUGAAUGGCAUUGCAUCUCCUGUCUGUAUUAGUAUUCUGUAACGUGUUUAUAUAAUCU